GGGCCAUAUUCUGCUGCACUGUGGGCUCCAUGUGCAGAGAGCAUGGCUGAGCUCUGCAGCCAGGCUAUGGUGAGAUAUGGGCAGCUGUCCUCGGAGAAGGAAAAGUGGCAGGCUGUGUUGGUGUGGAAAUUAUGAAGAAACUUUCUAGCAAGAGAAGAGGGGACGUCACAAUGCAGAUGGACCCAAAAAGCAGUGCCUCUGAAGAGGAGACCCUCACAGAUCCUUCAUGACCCUGUGCGCAAUGCUGUUCUCAUGACUGUAGUGAACUGUGCACACCAUCUGAGUGAAGAUGUGCUGGACCUGCUCCUCCUGCAGACAGCCUACUUUCUCAGUGUGGCUCACCAGAUCUCCAUGAACAGCAUGCUCCAUCACCAUAUAGGUGUGAUCUUUGGUAUUGAUGAUGUGGAACAGCUAGAUGAUGUUUGCCUGGUCCAGCUCUUUGAAGAUGUCAAUUUCUGUUAUGUUGCUAUAGUCAUUCUUUCUACCAUUUUCAAGGAUAAAAGCAACUUGCACCUUUGUGUGGAAGUGACAGACCAGCUAUACCUCAGCAAAGGUCUCUUUUCCAGGAGUCCUGAGUGUGAUUUAGGGAUCCUAUUUAUGUGAUAAGCCUCUCUGAUUCUCUAUGACCCUGUGUGCAAUGCUGUUCUCAUGACAGUAGUGACUACUGCAUACUGCAUAUUCCAUUAUAUAUUAAUGGUCUCUAGUAUUGAUGAUGUGUAGCUAGAUGAUGUUUGACUGGUCCAGCACUUUGAAGAUGUUGAUUUCUGUUAUUUUGCUGUAGUCAUGUGUCCUACCAUUUACCAGGAUAUUCAGAGCAACUCGCACCUCUGUGUGGAGGCGGCAGGCCAGCUUCACCUCAGCAGAGGUCUCUUGUUCAAGGGUUCUGAGUAUGACAUAAGGAUCUUUGUAAGGGAUAAGCCUCUCUGCAGGUUGAGACCUGAGGUGGGUAUUUUUGUGGUGUGGCUGAGAAGGCAGAUGUGGGAGCCCUGCACAACAGACCUACCUACAUUAUUUCAGCUAUGUUUUUCAGUGGCACCCACGGAAGUCAAGGCAGUGGAAUGACCUGCCCUCAAAGAGCUUCAGGAUUACUAUACAAAAGCAACCAUAAGUGAACCCAUUAGAAACCUGAAUGCAAUCACAAAUGUUACACCUGCCCUAGAUCCAAACUCUACGAUGUUCAUGGAACACUUAUAGAAGAGACCUAUGUAAGUUUCUGCUCAUAAGGAGGAAGAUCAGAAACUCCCAGAGAAGAUGAACUGUUCUCGUGUGAGCUCUGCAGCCCCGUACAAGAAAUAGAGAGACUGGAGAACGGCUUCAGGAGACAACUCGUCCGGACAUCUAGAGAGAGCCUGGCCUCUGACGCACCCCAGAGAGGACAAAGCCUGUUCUAAGCCAAGAUGGUGGUUUACUGCUUAGCAGUGUCAGCAGUGUCCAGGCAGACAGGCUGAUGUGCUCUGUGCACUGCUCUUUAAACCCAUGCAACCCCCAAGAUUACUGCAUAAGGAUGUGGGACAGAAGCACAGUGAUAACUUUCCAAAGCUGGGGUCAUGUACAUCUCUGUUAACUUUUCCCUAAGCCCAGGAGGAGGAGGAGGUUGAAGAAAGGAAAUACAUAGGACUUUCUGGAGCUGAGUCUGUCAAGUCCCCAUUCUAAGAUGUCCUUGGAAGAAAUGAAAAACCUCCGCCUGGAAGAACAGCACCUGGAGCCAGAAACCAAAGAGGUGAAUGGGAUCCUUAUGUCCAAGAUGAUAAGUGAUAAUUGGGACAAAAUCUGGAACUUCCAAGCAAAGCCAGACGACCUCCUCAUUGCGACCUAUGCAAAGGCAGGUACCACCUGGACACAGGAAAUUGUGGACAUGAUCCAAAAUGAUGGGGAUGUGCAAAAGUGCCAGCGUGCCAACACCUUUGACCGUCACCCUUUCCUAGAGUGGACUUUGCCUCCACCCCUCAACUCGGGUCUGGAUCUGGCUAACAAAAUGCCUUCACCUCGAACCCUGAAGACUCAUCUGCCCGUUCAGAUGCUGCCCCCUUCCUUCUGGAAAGAAAAUUCAAAGAUUAUCUAUGUGGCCAGAAAUGCCAAGGACUGCCUGGUAUCUUACUACCACUUCUCAAGAAUGAAUAAAAUGCUGCCUGACCCUGGUACAUGGGAAGAAUAUGUUGAAACAUUCAAAGCUGGAAAAGUGCUGUGGGGCUCCUGGUAUGACCAUGUAAAGGGAUGGUGGGAUGUGAAAGACCAGCACCGCAUUCUCUACCUCUUCUAUGAAGACAUGAAAGAGGACCCAAAGAGAGAAAUUGAGAAGAUUGUAAAAUUCCUGGAAAAAGACAUAUCAGAGGAAGUUCUAAAUAAAAUCAUCUAUCAUACCUCCUUUGAUGUAAUGAAGGAAAACCCGAUGGCCAACUAUACCACUCUACCCGCCAGUAUCAUGGACCACUCUAUCUCCCCUUUCAUGAGGAAAGGGAUGCCUGGAGACUGGAAGAACUACUUUACUGUGGCACAAAGUGAAGCUUUUGAUGAAGACUACAGAACGAAGAUGGCAGGAAGCACUAUUGCUUUCCGCACAGAGAUCUGAGCGCAGUGGAGUUGGGGCUGGGGGAGGGGAGAUAGAUUUUUCUGACUAAAUCUUUUAGCCAUUUGAGAUUCAUAUUAAAAUAUAUUUAACAUCAUUCCUCUAUCCCUGAGCUGUUGGCCAAUCCUGUAGGUACUAUCAUACUAUUUCAUCAAAAUGUAAUCAAACCCUGUACAGAAUGACUUCUGUUACAGUAUGUGAUAAUUUUCACUGAUACCUACGAUACAACCAUGGAAUUUAAUGUGCUUAGGCAAAACUCAUGAACAGACAUACAUGAUAACAGGAUUUCGACAUAAGAAAGUAAACGAGAAAAGCAAAGAGAAUGAGAAAUGAGCACUGAAUAUAAAUGGAAGGAUAGCUGAUUUUCUUAACAAUUGUCUGUUGUGCAAUACUGUAA